CAUCCAAUAGAGACUGUUGACUUCUAUAGCUUAGUUCCAAUAGAGAUUGUUGACUUGUAUAGCUUAGUUCCUUAUGUCUAUGUAUAUUUCUUGUUGCAUAUUUCCAAUUGAAUACAUUAAGAAUCAAUUAUACAGAAACCCAACUUCAUCUCCUGCUUCUCAAAACAUGGCUGGUGAGGAAACCCCCAAAUCCAUUUAUGACUUCACUGUCAAGGACAUACGCGGAAAUGAUGUACCUCUGAGCAAUUACAAUGGGAAGGUUGUUCUGAUUGUGAAUGUUGCUUCAAAAUGUGGUUUAACACAAUCAAACUACAAAGAAUUGAACGUUCUAUAUGAAAAAUACAAAGACCAAGGUUUUGAGAUUUUAGCAUUUCCUAGCAACCAGUUUUGGCAAGAACCAGGAACUAAUGAGAAAAUUCAGGAAACCGCAUGCACGAUGUUCAAAGCUGAGUUCCCUGUAUUUCAAAAGAUCGAUGUGAAUGGAAAGAAUGCAGCACCAGUCUACAAGUUCCUAAAAUCAGAGAAAGGGGGUAUAUUAGGAGACGGCAUCAAAUGGAACUACACAAAGUUUUUGGUGAACAAGGAAGGGAAAGUUGUGGAGAGAUAUGCUCCAACAUUACCUCCUCUUAAAAUUGAGAAAGACAUACAGAAUCUGUUGGGAUCUUCAUGAGCAUCAAGCCUUGCAGGUUAUGAAUUAUGGGUCCAGAGAUUCAUAAAUUACAGAGGUUUGAAGUUUGUUGUUUUACUUUCCUGUUUACAAUAAGGGCAUGUUCCUCUGACAGAUUAGAUUGGGUGUGAUUAUGAGUCCGGUAGAAUUGAAUAAUGUGAAUAGUAGUGUGGUGGUAUUAGUCUUUGUUUGUAAGGUAUGUUUUUGGGCUAUAAAUAUUUGUCUUUGUAAUGUAUGUUUUUGGGCUAUAAAUAUUUGUCUUUGUAACUUA